AUGUUCUCCACAGGAAAAUCAGUCAGACACCGGCGUCAGAUGGUAAGUGACCAGGGAGACCGCGCUUCCAUCACUUUGCUCACAAACCACACUGUUGUGUCGUCAUCAGCAAUGGACCUGUUGAAUCUCAGCCUUUCCGACAACAUUACCGGCCUGCUCAUCCACUCCACCAGUUAUGACAGCAGCAGUUCAACCUCUGGAAUGCAGAUAUUUCAAAAUGAAUCUCUUGGAGCUGGAGGUACCUUCCUUGUAUCAUACUCGGCAUCGCUGAACACAACUGAUGCCAAGAACGGACUGAAAUAUGCUCUACCGGCUGUGUUAACCUUUCGGAAUACUUCAGGGAUAUCUGGAACAGCCUUCAGUAUUAUGGCUCCCUUCACCAUCACCGCAGAAGAAACAUCAAAUGUAUUGCCCAACCAUGGUCUGCACGGUGCUGGAUUCAUCAUCGCCUUUGUUUUGUCUUUUCUGCUGACAUGCGCUGUCUUACUCCUGCUGUACCGCAUGAAAAAAUUAAAGCCAAGACAUGCAGGAAAAUUGCAUCAAAUUAACAGGGAAUCAAAAAGUGAAUCACCGGCCAAAGCAGCUGAUGGCGUUGCCGAAGAUGUGUGCGUGACUGACCGCCUGAUUGACAUAAUCGUCUUUGAGGAACCAGAACAAAUGCUUCAAGCUUUANGCAGCUUGGAGAUAGCUAAUCUGACCCAGGCAGAUGCAUAUUUACAAGUGUGUCGGAUUCAGGUCUGCAAAGAUGUGACCGGAAUGCUGCUGAAAGAAAUGACAGGGGCUGGGACCCUCUACCCACUAGAGGAAAAGAAAAUAAGUUCUGUCAUGAGCGGUCACUGGAGCGACCUUGAGAAGAAAAUACAAGAGGAACAUCAUAGAAAGAUGGUAGCUUUGACAGCAGAAUGCAACUUGGACACCAGAAAACAGAUGGAGUCUCAGCACCGGCAGCAAAAGGAGGCCAGCGAAGAGGCAGAGGGAAUCAUGAAACAUGCCGAGGAAAAGCCUGUCACAGAAUACAGAUCUCUUCUCGACAAGCUCCAUAGCCUUGAACAGAAUGAAAUGAAGAGGAUGCUUUUGUUUAAGCAGGAAAAGGAAUUUGCAAAGGCCUACAGACAGCUGGCUGUUACUCACAGGACUGAGCUGCAUAAGAUCGUCUUUGAUCAAGUGCAGAACUCAGCAAAAGCCAAACCGGAAGUACGGAAAACUCUGAUGGAAAACUAUCUGAAAGUGCAGGAAGAGGCAGAAGACCUUAUUGAUUUUCUGCAAGCCACUAAAAAAUAUCAAAUGAACAAAAGACUCGCUGUUCGAAAGCACUUGUUAUACAACAUCCAGCUAGGAGGCAGUCGAUUGCGAUGCCAAUUAAAUUCCGCAGCAACACAAACGGCAAAUCUUAUUACCAGAACGGAAAGGGCUGGAUACAUAAGUGAGAGCCAGGCCGAGCUGCUCUUGGAGAAAGCACAGUCAGAAGUUUUAAAAGUCAAACAGAAGUUAGAAACCGUAUUAAAACAAGAAAAAAGAAAACUGCACCAGAAAUUUACCACUAAGAAGAACCGUCAGAUUCUACAGAAGCUGAAAGAUCAGAAGAAGGACCUGAGCAGUGUGCAGGAGGUAUGUAGGAACUCCAAGGAAUAUCUGGAAACCUGGAAAAAGCUGUACACUAAUCAUUGCCGGGAGCUUGAAGAGCUCUAUGAGAGGCACGACAAUGAUGCCACAGACGAAUUAAAAGAGAUUAAAUACAACCUGACUGAGAAGGCAAUUGAAGAUCUCAGACACAUCGAGAGUGCUGUAAUUAUCUCCGAUAUGUUGAAACUCAAUGUGCCCAGACUGCAUCUCCAGCAAGCACUAGACGAGCACAAGAGAGAGGCGGCACUCCUGGCUCAGCAGCGGGAGAAAGAGGAAAGCGACAAGGCCAGCGAGUCGAGAGCCUCCCUGGAGAACACCGUGCGGAAACUUGAUGAGGAAUUUAAACUCAGCGUCAAAGAGCAGAAGAACCUAAGAAACUGGGAACAGCUACUAUUCUCGAAGGUUCUCCUGUUACCUUUGUGUUUGUCUGAAGAAGAUGUACAUAGGAUACAGCAAGAGUUUCUCUGUGGCUUCUCCCAAAUGGACAAUACUCUAGCUCUUCCUAAAAUCCAGGGAAGGGUUCUGCUGCAGAAGUAUCAGAGUGACUGGAGGAGUAUAGAGAUGCAGAAGAUAGAGCACAGGCUACUGGAAACUGAACGACAGUCAGGUUCAAAGACAAUGAAGCAUCCUCAGGACAGAGCGGCGGAGAUCCUGAAGAAAUCUGCAGAGGAUAAAGUCUUGAUUUAUGAAGCACAAAUUACAGAUGACAAGAUUAAGCAGGUGCGUGGAGAGUUGCUGCUGCAGCGAGUACAUCAGCUGAAGGCUAGAGAGUAUAAGCUGGGGGAAUAUCUGACUUCUUUACAGUUCCAGAUUGUUAAUAGCAGUUCAAAGAGUUUUGCAGUACACUCAGCUCUUCUACAGCUGCAAUCUCUUCUAUUGGAAGAGGAGACCAAGUCCACAAUGCACAACACAUCAGAGUAUGAACAGCUUCUACUCGCACUUAAUCAGGAAAUCAGAGAGAUGGAGAAGAAUUUGGAGACAUUAAAAGAAAGAGAAACAACAGCCAGUAAAGUGCAAGGUGAAGAGCAGGCCCAUGUAACUGUUGAGGUAUCUUGUGAAGAUGAUGGUAUGCCGUUAUCAGCAACACUGAGAAAGGCACUUAACAGACGGAAAAACGUAACGAAUCUCUACCGUGACAGAAUGCAGAAAGAGGAAAUGGAGUAUGCACUGGUGGAAGAUCAAGAGGAAAGAGCUGAAGUAUAUGCAAUGCAAAGACUAUACAACCAGGGCAUCCGAUUGGCAGCUUAUCUGACUAAACGAUCCUUGGUACCAGAGGGCAUGCUGCAGCGAGUGCUUAGCCUAUUGCUUCCCACGAGCUCGGAGAGUGAAAUCUCUUCCCUGCUCCAUUCACUGGGCCAUAAAUAUUCAGACAGAGUUCCAGAAACUGGCAGCAUUGAGGAUGGAGCUGACAGCUGCAGGAAGAGAAAAUAUCAGGAUCUGUGGGUGGCUAUGGAGAAACAGAUCAGGGAAAGUCUGGCCAUCGUAGAUGAGGAAAAAAACACAUUUCCCACAAGAAAGAAGAGAAGCAUCCUGAAGAAGAAGAAGUUGAGACCAGUGAAGAGAGUCUCAUUCUCACACACGGGAAGUUUCACCAAAUUGCUUCAGUCCAGCACUGGAUCUGUGUACUUUGGAAGUGCGGAAGCCUUAGAUAUUUCGGACACUGCAGAAAACCUGUAUAUAUUUAGAGUUCCCAGUGAGUCUCCUAGCCCUCAAAGCAAACCCAAGAAGAAGAGGAGCUUUCUCAACUCCAAGAAGUCAUCUGCUGUUUUAUCCUAGGAAGGCCCCAUGGGUCCAAGUUUGAAAUUGUG